GACCGCCGGAGUUCGCCGACCGCAGCCCGCGCGCCGGCGCCAUGCUGAGGAGCUGCGCCAAGCGCUUGCGCGCGCUGGGGUCCCUGCGCGGCCCGCUGCCCUGCGAGCCACGACCGGCGCUGAGGUCAUUUUCAUCUAAGAAAGUCGUUUAUAAGGACUUUUCUAUCCCCAACCCCAGCUGGAGCAAGGACAUAAGACUCCUCUUUGACGAGUUCAUGAAGAAAUGUGAAGACGGCUCCUGGAAACGUUUCCCUUCAUGUAAAUAUGGAUCUAUUCAAAGGACUCAAGACUUCAAAACAUUUCAUCUUGACCGAGAACUUACAAAAGAAGAUCUAAGAACACAGACCCGUCUCUUCACCAGUAGCUUUGAGGAAGGCUUGGGCUUUGAACAUGUGAUAUUCUGUAAUGAUGUUGAGAAACGGACAGUUUGUUUGUUUCAAGGAGGUCCUUACCUGGAAGGAAUGCCUGGAUUCCUUCAUGGAGGUGCCAUUGCAACCAUAAUUGAUACUACUCUCGGUGUGUCUGCAGCAAUAGCUGGGGGAACUGUCAUGACUGCAAAUCUCAACAUCAAUUUUAAAAGACCCAUCCCUCUUUGUUCUGUUGUUGUGAUAAAUACCCAACUUGAUAAAGUUGAAGGAAGGAAAUUUUUUGUUUCUGGUAAUGUUCAAAGUGCUGAUGAGAAGACCCUAUACUCAGAGGCAACAAGCUUAUUUAUAAAGCUGGAUCCUGAUAAAAGUCUGACAUAAAAGAGCUGCUGGUGAAUGCCACACCAUUCUGCAUAAGGCUGUCCCCCUCUGGAAGAAGCAGUUGUCUCCACUCCUACUCUGCUCACCCACUGCUGAAUCCCCCAUGGGUAGAAGCCUGCUGACCUUCCUAAGCAGUCUUCUGAAUACAAUUCUAGGAACUCA